AUGGGCGGAACACUAGGAGCUAUUCUAGGCAUCCUACUCACAGCCUUUAACAACGCCUUCAAGCGCCAAUUCACAUCUCAAGGAGCUGUCACCGCUGCGAUUUUCUCCGACGCUCUUGGCAUAGCUGUUGAGUCCCUCAAGGUGUAUACUACAGCACGAGAGGGAGACCGUACGGUCAUGGAUGUUCUGAUCCCAUUUACAGACGAGCUUGUGCAGACGAGGAGCUUUGAGGCUGCAAUGCGAAAGGCGAAGGAGAAGGCAGAAGCUACACGUUUUCUGAAGUCGAAACUGGGAAGAGCUCUGUAUGUGGGUGAGGCGAGCGAGCAACAGGUGCCGGAUCCGGGGGCUUGGGCUUUGUAUGAGAUGCUGGGUGGAGUGGAAUUGGGUAUUGGUCUUGGGGGAAGAUCGAAAUUAAAAGGAAUUCUAUACAGAAGUAAAAAGGCUUAA